AAGUAUGUACUCUGGAGGCGUCGCUUCGAAUUUCAUUUCCUGGUGCGCAGGUAUCGGACACACCUGGAGAGAAGACAGGACGGCUUUCCUUAACUGGAACUUUUAAUAAAGGUGGAUAUAUAUGCGUGUAGAUUUUUGUUUUAGUUCAUAACGUCGCUAUUGAAAACUUUGAAAAGAAAAAACACCUGGAGAAGUGAAAGAAGCUGAAGAGAGACUGAAAUUUAAGGUACCCGAGCGCUCAAAGUGGAGAAGGAAUGAAGAUGAUGAUGGUGACUCCUUAUCAGAUUUGUGUGUUGGUUCUCACUACGUCGCUGUUACCAACUCUUCUGGCCCAGGACCCUUCAGAACAAUGUUUGAGCAAGUUUACAAAAGGACGUGAAGACUUUGUUUUAGACACGGAGGAGUCUGUGAAAGAUGGCGCUGGGUUCCUCGCAUCUCCACAGGUUUCAGGAAUCAAAGAGUGUGUGUCUGCGUGCUGUGCAGAGCCCGACUGUAACCUGGCACUAAUGGAAAGUGGGGCUCAGGAGGGGACCAUCAAGUCCUGCUUCCUCUUUAACUGCUUGUAUAAGCAGAAGAAAGUGUGCCACUUUGUCCGAAAGGAUGGUUUCAGCAACUAUUUACUGGCCUCUGUUUUUGACCGUUACCUGGAGGAGUAUGUGUCCGAAGAGAAGAAGGAUCAGCCUCCUAAGGCAAAAGCAGGACAGGAUAGAGUGGUGCAACCUAAUGAUGACGUGAGACUCUCUGGCUUUGAGAGCAAGGAUGACAAUAAAAUUAUUCAGUACGAGUGGGUUCAGGUAUCUGGAAGCCCCACAGCUGUCCUAGAGAAAACCACUUAUAAAGAUGAAGUGAAAGUGUCCAAACUGUCUGCUGGAGUGUAUAAGUUCAGGUUGACUGUCACAGACAGCAUUGGCCAGACUGACUCAGCGGAAGUUACUGUCUUGGUCCUCACGCCUGAGCAGUCACAAAACCACUGUCUGGUGCCUAAGAAGGUAGGACCAUGCCGUGGUUCCUUCCCUCGCUGGUACUACAAUGCAUUGACUGAGAAGUGUUUGCCGUUCACCUUUGGUGGCUGCAGUCCAAACCGCAAUAACUAUCUAUCUGAGGAGGAAUGUAAACAAGCCUGUGAUCAAGUUUCAGUUCAAACAGAUUCCUCACUAGGAAGACUAGGGCCUAUUGAAUCUGCAGGUGAGCAGUGUGGCAUAUCAUGUGGACCAGAGAAGUUUACUUGUGCCAAUGGGUGUUGCAUAGAUGAAGCACUUGAAUGUGAUCAGGUGCAGCAAUGCAGCGAUGGCUCAGAUGAAACACAGUGUGCUAAUUUGGGCAAAAAGCUAAACCGAUUGCUUAACAUAGACACAGCCAGUGCACCCAGCCGUUGCACACAACCUCCUCUCACAGGACCCUGCCGAGAAAGCAAUACCAUGUGGUACUACAGUGCAUAUGAGAGGAAAUGCAUUCGCUUCAACUAUGGUGGAUGCCAAGGCAACGAUAAUCAAUUUAAUUCUGAGGACGCCUGCAUGAACUUGUGCAGUGAAGUGACUGAGAGAGAUGUUUUCAUCAACGGAGAGGUCUCUGACAGGCUGACAGAUGACGAUCAAUCAGUUCCCAUUGCCAUUGCUGUUGCACUGGGCUUGGCCAUCCUGAUCUUGCUGGUUGUUCUUGGUUACUGUUUCCUGAAGGGGAAGAAGCAGCGGCAAUCAAGGCACCAGCACAUUUCUGCUAAUGGUGCACACCUACUUCCUGUAGAGGACACAGAGAAAUUUGUGUACAAUAGCACCACCAAGCCCAUCUGAUUCCUACGUUCUUUGUCCGUUUACAGCAGUGCUUCUUUAUUCUAACACAUUAUGCUUUUCCUUCUGUAAAAUACCCAAAUCUGCUCAUUAAGAGUUUGAUUAUUAGCCGAGGAUCUGGGUAAUGGUAUAAUGUUGCAUUCAUAACUCCCAAAAUAUGCUCUGAUUUCAUUAACCAAUUCUGGUAGGGAGGCAUUUGCCUACAUAAGCAUGCUAUGGCUGUCUUGAAAAUAAGUUUUUAAAAUGUUUUUAAGUAAGAGUUUUACUUGAGAAGGAAUUGGUGGUUUAUUUCAGUUUUACUGAAAUGUUUCAUGAACAGAUUAAUGCUAGCUAAUAUUGGAUAAGAACCAUCACUGCUAUAUUUAUCUAGUAAAUGAAAUGGCAAUGUGUAAAAAUUUCCGAGGACAAUAGGACAUUUUCCCAUCACUGCUUUCUUUAUCACGUGAAGCGAAUGCUGGGAAAAUUACAAAACUGUAUAAAACAUGGUGACCCCCAAGACUAGAAUUAACCUUCCUUACCUUACCUUGUCCAGGUCUUCAGUUGUCGUCAGGUGACAGCUCUGCCUGCUCACGAACCGAAUUAAGAACCAGAAUUAAGAACCACUGUUUUAGAAUAUUACUGGAGAAACACCAUUUAGUGUUGUCCCUGCCCUAAUGCAUCAGAUUCGGAUCGUCCAUUAAUUGCUGAAUCCUUCAGCAAAUGAAUCGGACAAAAUGGGGAAGACAUGAGCAUGUGCAGGCAGGACCGAGACUGGGACCACUCCUCUGAACUCGUACACCAGUAACAAACUCUUAUGAAAGCUUGUGGAUUCUUUUAAAUGACUUCUUGAGUCUGUUUGGUUUUUUUUUUUUUAAGUUAAUUUUAUUUGGCAGUCCACUUGGUUUGAACAAGGCAUGUCUUGAGGAGGUAAAGUGAUUGACCGUUAUCCUUUUUUUUUUUUUUUUUGCUAACUAUUAUAUACAUUGAAAAAAACUGUAUUGAUUUAUUGUAUGUACUGCAUUAUAUUUGUUUUUAAUCAGCAUCUCUGUACUCAGGGUUUAAUGUUCUCAUUUAAAUGUUCAGCUCUGCUUUGAGAGUCGGUUUGUCAGUUUUGGACUAAAACUCUUCCAGAAGUUUAAUAUUCCAUGAGUUUUGGCAUGGCAAACUGUUCCAGUGUGUUUUUGAGGAGACACAGCUUAAACAUGUAGUUUGAUUGGCCACGUGGUAAGAUUUUGUUUUGAUUUUUAGAGGGGUUUUUUAGUGGCUUGUAUAUAUCGGUAUCGUUUUAAUUUUUAUAGGAAAAUGAUUUAAGAAAUAAUUUCCAUAAACCAGAUUUUGAUAGUUUAUGCUAAAGCAAUCAUAUGUGAACUAUUUGUUCAUUUUAUUUUUGUACAUACAGCUAUGGAAAAAAAAUUUGAGACCAUUUUUAAAGGUGGUCACUAUUAAAAGUGGUCCCUUAAUUUUUUCCAGAGAGAGAGAAAGACAAAACGUGAUAAAUAUAACACAUUUUUGAAGUUUGUUCAUCCGUUUUUAAAGAUUCAAUAAAACUAUAUAAUGUA